AUGUCUCUCAAAACUUUACCUCUACUGUUUAUCAACCUUGGCGGUGAAAUGGUGUACAUUCUAGAUCAACGCUUACGUGCGCAAUCGAUACCACAAGAGAAAGCAAGGAAAGUAAUGCACGAUAUUGUUGGUACCAUGUUUAAUAAGCGUUUUAUGGAGGAAUUAUUUAAACCUCAAGAAAUGUAUUCCAAGAAAGCAAUGAGAACAGUCUUUGAUCGUCUAGCUCACGCUUCGAUUAUGCGAUUAAACGCCGCAAGUAUGGAUAAGCUUUACGAUUUGAUGACAAUGGCAUUCAAGUACCAGGUUUCACUUUGCCUAAGGCCAAGCGAUGUUUUAUUGGUUACACUCAAUCAUGUGGAUGCAAUAAAAGAUUUUGUAUCUGGUUCUACUAAGAUUAUCUUAUUGAUUGACCAUGUUUAUCAUUUAUUACACGAGCAUUUCGCAAGUUUGUCGACCGGUCAAUUUCAGUUAAUUAGGCAAGCUCUACUUUCAUUCUUUCAAGAUAUGCACAUCAGGGUAUCGAUAUUUUUAAAAGAUAAAGUUCAAAAUUCCAAUGGUCGAUUUUCUCUGCCCGUGGAUAGUCCUAUCCCUUAUGGAACGGAAAUGCCAGGAGUUAUUCGGUUUUUUGCCAGUAAUGAAGUAGUUAGAACUAUCGAGUUUAAGACCAAUACAAAAUAUAGAACUGUGUUAAAACCUGGAUCAUUUGAGAAAAGUGGUGAAAGAAUUACCUUAUUAGGCACCAAUAUGUAUAAUGUGGAUAGAAACGUCGAAACGAGUAGCGUAUCCCAGUCGCAAUCACAGGAUGGGGCAUCUGGAAAUGCACCUAACCCAUUAGCCAAAGAAGAAUUAAAUCUCCUUGCUCAUUUAGUCGGCAAAGAUGAAAAGAAAGCAAAAGAUGUUUCAGCGUUUAGGCUCAAUUUAUUCAGUACUGACAAAGAAGAAGAAAUUGCUGCAGAAAAGACAAUAUACCGACCUGAUCGUGUAAUUAAUAUCGACGCGAGCAAGAAAAAAGCAAGUGACGAAUUGUCGAGAAUUAUGGAUGAUUUCACUAUAACCAGCAAUAAUUCAGCUACAGCUACAGAAAAAGGUGAUGAUCUGUUAGCACUAAUGGACAGUGCCUAG